AUGACGACGGGUCGGAGGCCAAACGUCAGGAUCGACAUCGAAGACGUCGUCGCGGAUGCCGAAGUCGCGGAUGAGGUGAACGAUGCGAGUCUGACGAAGAAGGGGACGAAACGGAAGAGAGCCCCUCCCACGAAGGGCCCGUGCGAGCACGGGCUGAAGUAUCGGUCGCGAUGCAAGGUGUGCAGCGCUUGUCCGCACGGAAAGUGGCGCAAACGGUGCAAGGAGUGCGGUGGGUCUCAAAUCUGCGAGCACAGCCGUCAGCGCUCUAAGUGCAAGGAGUGCGGCGGGGCAUCAAUCUGCGAGCACAGCCGUCAGCGCUCUACGUGCAAGAAAUGCGGCGGGUCUCAAAUCUGCGUGCACGGUCGCCGGCGCUCUACUUGCAAGGAGUGCGGUGGGUCUGCAAUCUGCGAGCACGGUCGUCAGCGCUCUACGUGCAAGGAGUGCGGCGGGUCUGCAAUCUGCGAGCACGGUCGUAUCCGCUUUAGUUGCAAGGAGUGCGGUGGGGGCUCAAUCUGCGAGCACGGCCGUCGGCAUUCUCGGUGCAAGGACUGCGGCGGGGCAUCAAUCUGCGUGCACGGUCGUGUACGCUAUCAAUGCAAGGAGUGCGGCGGGUCUGCGAUCUGCGAGCACGGUCGUAUCCGCUUUAGUUGCAAGGAGUGCGGAGGGUCUGCAAUCUGCGAGCACGGUCGUGUACGCUAUCAAUGCAAGGAGUGCGGUGGGUCUGGAAUCUGUCAGCACGGUCGUCAGCGCUCUACGUGCAAGGAGUGCGGCGGGUCUCAAGUCUGUGAGCACGGUCGUCGGCGCUCUGAGUGCAAGAAGUGCGGUGGGUCCUCAAUCUGCGAGCACGGUCGUCAGCUCCAUCGGUGCAAGGAGUGCGGCGCCGACGAAGGAACGCGAAGGCGGUGA